AUGCGGAUGUCCUUCGUCACCUACUCCACAGAUGGCGACACUGUCUUGCCACUCACCUCAGACAAGUACCACUUACCUGGAAUCCUGUACUCCUGGGCCCAGAGAUGCCGGCAGGGCUGCCUGCAGGCUCUGCCCACAGGAGAGCCCAGCUGCUCCUCCCCCUACCCAUGGGACAGGCCUGUGCUUGUGGAGUCCUGGCUGGAGCUGCCCUCAGGCAGAGAUGACAAGGUUUCCAGCAUGAUUAUUGCUAUGACUGAUGGAACAAUGAUGAAACAUCCAUCUUUGGACACUCUCAAAGAAGUGACUGAAAGGGCUCGGAGCCUGGGGGCCACCAUUUAUACCCUGGGUGUGGCUGAUUAUAGGAAAGACCCAAUAACAGCAAUGGCAGGCGGUCUGGACCAUGUGUUUGCAGUGGAGGAUGGCUUCAAGGCCCUGAGAAGCACUGUUGAUGCCCUCAUGUCAAAGACCUGUCUUGAAGUGAUGUCAGUGGAGCCUUCCUCUGAGUGUGUAGGAGAAUCCUACCAUGUCGUUAUUCAUGGAAAUGGCUUUCAGAAUCUAAAGAAACAGGAUGAAGUUAUUUGCAGACUUAUCUUCAGUGAAAGCACUAUCAUUGAUAAGUUGUCUCCUCGCUGCCUCUGAGUCACGUAUUUCCCACACAAUGCUGCCUUUCCCCACAGCCAGCCAAGCCUCCCAGCCCUUGCCAACCAUUCCCUGUGGACCCUGUGGGGUUAGAGGCCAUGAAGACAAGUGGAAAGAGGCACUGGGAAGGCUGGCCACCCCUCCCUUCAUCUGCCAAGUGGGGAAGUAACAAAUCCAC